UUUAGUCUGCCAUAUUGGUCCGAGUGCAACGCUGUGUGCGGCAAAACGCCAUUUUUCAAUCAAUUCUGAAAAAUUUUUCUUGUGGCGUGGUUUGCGGCAAUCUUCCGAAAAAGUGAAAUUUAUAAAAAACCAAGCAAAACCACAAGUUAUUAACGCUUUUAAGAUCAAGAAUGGAUAAUUAUAACGCAGGAGGUGGUUAUGGUGGCGCUGGUGGCGGAGGAGGUUACAAUAACUUCUCCGUACCACCGCCAAAUUUCCAGCAGCAAAUGCAGCCAAAAAGUGGUGGCUAUAAUGACCAAUCUUCUUACAAUAAAGGAGGUUAUGAUUCUGGCAAUCGUGGCGGUGGUGGCGGCGGUGGUGGAUGGAACGAUCGAGGUGGUAGUGGAGGCGGUAGUUAUGGGUAUGUAUCUACUAUCUAUACAUUUUUAAAGCAAAACAACUUCACAAGCUAAGGCCCAUUGAGAAGCUAACACCUCCAGCUAGAACAUAAAAUGAGUUUCCACGAUUAAAAGUUUUUUCCUUUAUGUUGGCAAUAUGGUCAAAUGCAAGUGUUUAGGGUAUAUUUGAUGGUCGGUCGGCAUGUAUGUAUCCCUCAAAAGUAAAUUUAUAUUUCAUUAAUGAUCUUUGGGAAUCUUGCUUCUCUACUGUUUUUUUUUUUUCUUUUUUU